AUGCCUGUGGGGAUUGCGCCGGAUCGCCUGGACCCUCGAUUCUGUGAGGUCCGGGAAACGGCGGGAUUCCAGCACGACGGCGUGUUUGCGGACUACAUUGUGGCAGAUCCGGCCACUGUGGUAAAGCUCCCGGACUCUGUUCCCUUUGAGCAGGCCGCGCCGCUGAUGUGCGCCGGCGCAACUGUCUGGGGAUCAAUAGAGCGGACGACGCAGGGACUCGAGCCUGGAGAAGUCGUUGCUAUAAUUGGUAUUGGGGGUCUGGGUCAUCUGGGUAUUCAAUUUGCAAAGGCACUGGGCUUCCGCACAAUCGCGGUGGAUAAUCGACCUGCCGGAUGUGAACUGGCCCGGCAGGUCAAAAACCCUGAUCUUCAGCCUGAUCUCGUGGUCGACUCAUCAGUCCCAGAUGACGCUGCGAAAGCUAUUUACGACUUGACCAAUGGAGAAGGGGUCGCGGCAGCAGUAGUAUGCACUGACUCUGUUGCUGCAAAUCGAUGGGCACUCAAGCUUCUGAGAACUGGAGGGACCUUGGGACUAUUGGGUCUCCCUCCUCAGCCGUGGCAGUUUGAUGCUGACUUAAUUGUAUUCAAGGAACUGUCCAUUAGGGGAAGCUAUGUAGCGAGUAAGGAGGCUACUGAACGCAUGAUGAAAGUGGUUGAAUCGGCACGGGAUAUGCCUUCGAUUAUCGAAAAGUACGAGGAUGUAUCUUUCCAAGGACGAUUGAUCGUUAGAUUUGUAGAAUAG